AUGCGUGAGAUCAUCUCCAUCUCCGUCGGACAGGCCGGUGUCCAGAUUGGCAACGCCUGCUGGGAGCUCUACUGCCUCGAGCACGGCCUCGGACCUGACGGCCGCAUCAUCAACGAGGACCCGGACAAGCAGAACUCGAACGGCGGGUUCUCGACCUUCUUCUCCGAGACGGGCUCGGGCAAAUACGUCCCCCGCUCGAUCUACGUCGACCUCGAGCCGAGCGUCGUCGACGAGGUCCGCACGGGCGACUACCGCCAGCUCUUCCACCCCGAGACGCUCAUCACCGGCAAGGAGGACGCUGCGAACAACUACGCCCGCGGACACUACACUGUCGGCAAGGAGUUGAUUGACACGACCUGCGACCGCAUCCGCAAGCUCGCCGACAACUGCGACGGCCUCCAGGGCUUCUUCGUCUUCCACUCGUUCGGCGGUGGCACGGGCUCCGGCUUCGGCGCUCUCCUCCUCGAGAAGCUCUCGGGCGACUACGGCAAGAAGUCGAAGCUCGAGUUCUCGGUCUACCCCGCCCCCUCGCUCUCGUCGUCGGUCGUCGAGCCCUACAACUCGAUCCUCACGACCCACACCACCCUCGAGCACGUCGACUGCUCGUUCAUGGUUGACAACGAGGCGAUCUACGACAUCUGCCGCAAGAACCUCGGCAUCCAGUCGCCGGGCUUCAAGAACCUCAACAGGAUCAUCGCCCAGGUCGUCUCGUCGAUCACUGCCUCGCUCCGCUUCGACGGCUCGCUCAACGUUGACCUGAACGAGUUUCAGACCAACUUGGUUCCCUUCCCGAGGAUUCACUUCCCUCUUGCGACCUACGCGCCGAUCAUCUCGGCGUCGAAGGCUUCGCAUGAGGCGAACUCGGUCUCGGAGCUGACGCACUCGUGCUUCGAGCCGAACAACCAGAUGGUCAAGUGCGACCCGCGCCAGGGCAAGUACAUGGCGUGCGCGCUCCUCUACCGCGGCGACGUCGUCCCCAAGGACGUCAACUCGGCUGUGGCCGCCAUCAAGACCAAGCGCACGAUCCAGUUCGUCGACUGGUGCCCGACCGGCUUCAAGCUCGGCAUCUGCAACGAGCCGCCCGCGAACGUCCCCGGCGGCGACCUCGCCAAGGUCUCGCGCUCGCUCUGCAUGCUCUCCAACACGACCGCCAUCGCCACCGCCUGGUCCCGCCUCGACCGCAAGUUCGACCUCCUCUACUCGAAGCGCGCCUUUGUCCACUGGUUCGUCGGCGAGGGCAUGGAGGAGGGCGAGUUCUCCGAGGCGCGCGAGGACCUCGCCGCACUCGAGAAGGACUACGAGGAGGUAGCGGCUGAGGGCGAGCCCGAGGGCGAGGAGUACUAA